AUGGAUCCGCUGAAGAAGGAAGCUAUCCGCGACGAACGCUAUGUCAAAGUAAUCUGCAUCGGAGCAGGUGCAUCAGGCCUAUGUUUGGCGUAUAAGCUCCGAAGAUCGUUUAGAACCUAUGGCUUGACGAUAUACGAGAAGAACCCGAGAGUAGGGGGUACCUGGUACGAGAAUCGGUACCCAGGAUGUGCCUGCGACGUCCCUUCGCACAACUAUGUUUACUCAUUUGAGCCAAAGGCCGACUUUUCUUCCGUUUACGCUGGUUCUGAUGAGAUUCGGGAGUACUUUGAGGAGUUUGCGGAUAAGUACGACCUAAACAAGCAUAUCAAGCUAUCUCACGCGGUCGAGGAAACUACGUGGAUAGAAGAUAUAGGACAAUGGAAGGUAGAUGUCAGAAAUUUGCAAACCGGAGAGGUUAUUCACGACUAUUGCCACAUAUUAGUCCACGCGUGUGGAUAUCUUAACAAGCCUUCAUGGCCCAAACUGCCUGGAAUCGACGAUUAUAGAGGCAUCAAGGUUCAUAGCGCGGACUAUGACAGGAGUAUCUCGCUCGAGGGGAAGAAUGUGCUACUGAUCGGUGCCGGCUCCUCGGCUGUUCAAAUACUGCCAACCAUUCAACCUAUCGUCAAGAACGUCACUAUCUUCAUCAGGUCGCCCACGUGGUUGCUGCCGGACAUCUCUACGGAGGCUGGCCAGUUUACCAAAGAUGAGAUUGACAAGUUCAAGAAUGAGCCAGAGACAGUCUUGGCGUUAAGACAAGAUAAUGAAAGAACCAUGAACAGUAUCUUCAGUCUUUAUCUCAAAGGCACUGUAUUGCAAGAACAGUGUGAAGCUUUGCUCAAAAGUGAGAUGGAGAAGAUAUUCGACGAUGAGGAAUCUCGCAAGAAAUUGAUACCGAAUUUCUCGGUUGGUUGCAAGCGAGUGAUUCCAUCAGGCUUUAAAUAUCUGAGAGCUCUCAAAAAGGAGAAUGUGACACCGGUAUAUAGUGGUGUUAAGUCUUUUACACCAUCCGGUGUAAUCAGUGACGAGGGCAUCCGCUAUGACGGCGAUGUUAUAAUCUGCGCUACCGGUUUCGACACAUCGUAUAUAUCUCAUUAUCCUAUCUAUGGCCCAGAAGGGCGAAACUUGCAAACGGAGUGGGCUGAGUCCAUCAUGGGAUACAUGGGUGUUGGCGUGUCCGAGUUCCCAAACACGUUCACGUUACUGGGCCCUUAUACGCCGGUUUCCAACGGCCCUACGCUCAUUGCCAUAGAAGCCCAAGCUGAUUAUAUCUGUUCCUUCAUCGAUCGCUACCAAACAGAGCCGAUCCAUAGCAUUACGGCCAAGGCAGCCGCUUGUGCUGAUUUCAAAGCGCACGUAGCAAGCUUCAUGGAGAAAGCUGUAUGGACGGACAAUUGCCGAAACUCGCACAACAAUCAUAAAGUAGGCGGUCGCGUGCCGACUACCUGGCCUGGGAGCACGCUACACUACCUUGAGGCGAUUCGCGAGCCCCGGUGGGACGAUUGGGAUGUUAAGUAUGUUGGGAAUCGGUUUAGCUGGCUGGGCAAUGGGGUUUCGCAGACGGAAUGGGAUCCCACAGCGGACUUGGGAUACUACAUUCGACAGAGCGAUGAUGGCGUGUGGAAUAGUUGGUGGAAGCGGAACGCAGCGAUUAAUAAAAGCGGUAGUCUGCCGCCAAGAGUAUUACAUCGCCAGGCAAAAUUGGCCGUUGCGGCACCGAGCGAUAAGCCGGAGCCCGAAGAGGCGAAAACCAUAAUCCACGCGGCGGCUGAGAGUUCUUGA